AGAUAGAUUAAAAAAAAGAAUGGUUGUGAAAAAAAUCAUGCCUUUAUACUAAUCCUACCCAUCCAUGUAAACCACACGUGCCCAUGGAUCAUGAAAAAGUUCGUGCCUCUGAUCAGCAGGUUGAUGCAAAGAGGCUGUUAAUAAUGAGCAAUGGGAAUUGAAUCCAAGAUCUAAUGUGCACCAUAUAUACGGAUAAGAUGAAACAAUUCUAAAAGAGAAGUAGAGUUUGAAAAAAUCUUAGGUGACAAGUCAUAGCACCAACACAAAUACAAAAGACCUAAUUACCUAUGGAGAAAAAACAAGUGAGGAUUAAACAACAACGAGAUUCAGUCAAAUCCAUCUUGGAUAGAUUGAUCUAGGAAACAGAAAUGGUUAAAUUAACUCGCUGGUAACAUGCAAAUAAUGUGAAGAGAAUGGCGAGUUUCCACAGAGAAAGAGUGUUCUUUUCUCACCAACCUAACGAAUUACGAUGUGAAAAGAUGAUGGUCACUAAAGACGUCCGACGCCUUAACACUGUUGGCAUAUUGGCUCAAGAUCAUUCAAGGUCGCUGAAGCUUGGAAUAUUGCGAAACUCUGUUCUGUGUUUUUAUGCUUUUGGCAGUUGUGUUGCAGUUAUAUGUUUGGUUUAUUUUGUUUUCGAUAGAGACAAGUAGUUAUGUUUGUUAACUGUCAUUUUACAGUUUGUGUACGUGUAUUUAUAUGUUGCAAGUAUUAUGAAUGAAGGUAUGGCUUUUUCUGAAAAAACUGUAUGUGCACUCUGUUCCUUGUUUCAGAACAGAAGUUACAAAUUUGGGUUUUGUGUGCGUGUGCUUGAGAGACUUACAAAGUCUUCGGUGGUAUCAGAGCAAAUUAUUGAUCUUUGAGGGAUCUGUGAAUGAUCUGGGAAGUGUUUUUUCGUUCAAAUGGAACAAACUGAAAGUUCAGGGUCCUCUGCAUUCACAAGGCUGUCUGCUCCAGUUUUUUACGGCGAGAACUACCAAGUCUGGUCUGUCAAGAUGAAGGCUUUCAUGGAAGGGGCAGAUUUGUGGGAGGCAGUUGUUGAAGAUUACGAGAUCACUCCAUUGGGAGCAGAUCCGACAGUGAGUCAGAUUAGGACUCACAAAGAGAAGGUUACAAGAAAAGCUAAGGCAAAGUCCUGUCUCUUUUCUGCAGUCUCUUCUUCAGUUUUCACCAAAAUUAUGCAUCUGGAAUCUGCAAAGCAGAUGUGGUAUUUCUUGAAAGCAGAAUAUGAAGGUGAUGAAAAAAUUAGAGGAAUGAAGGUGUUGAACUUGAUGAGAGACUUUGAGAGACAACAGAUGAAGAAAAGUGAAACUGUAAAGGAUUAUGUGGAUCGACUUGUUGGUAUUGUCAACAUGAUCAGGAUACUCGGCACAAAAGUUACUGAUGACAGCAUUGUUCAAAAAAUCAUGGUGUCUGUGCCGGAAAGGUUUGAAGCUACCCUGGCUACCUUGGAGAAUACUAAGGAACUAUCUAAUAUCAAACUGGCAGAACUCCUUAGUGCUCUUCAAGCACAAGAGCAAAGGAGGCUCAUGAGGAAAGAAGAAUUGGUGGAAGGUGCUUUGAAAUCCAAAGCAAAAAUCAGUGCUGCAGAGAAGGGAAAAGAGCCAUACCAGAAGCAGAAACAAUAUGGAAAUAACAAGCAAAAUGCAGGAGCAGAAUCGAGUGAGAACAAAGGUUUUCCUGAUCCUUGUAAGCACUGCAAUAAGAAGGGUCAUCCCCAUUGGAGAUGUUAGAAGAAUUUGAAAUGCAGGAAAUGCAACAAACAGGGACAUAUUGAAAAGUAUUGCAGAACCAAGACACAAGCAUCGGAGGUUGAAAACACAAAAGCAAAUGAGACAGGACAAUUUUUUGUGGCAUCAUGUUUUGCGUCAAAUGGUGUUAAGGAUGGGUGGCUUAUAGACAGUGGUUGCACUCAUCAUAUGACAGGUAACAUAAAUCUAUUCAACACUCUAGAUAAAUCUGUCAAAUCUAGAGUUAGAAUAGAAAAUGGAGACUACAUCUCUGUAGAAGGAAAAGGAGAUGUUUUGAUUGAAAGUGCUACUGGUUUAAAGGUGUUAACUGAUGUUUUGUAUGUACCCAUGAUUGAUCAAAAUCGGUUAAGUGUUGGGCAGUUACUGGAAAAGGGGUACAAAGUUGUGUUUGAUAAGAAUGAAUGCCUUAUCAAGGAUAUGUCAGAUGGAGUAAUGUUCAGGGUUAGAAUGAGAAACAAGAGUUUCUCAUUUAACCCGAAAUCUGAGGACUGUGGUGCAAUGAGGUGUACUGUAUCAGAUGAAGAUAUUUGGCACAAGAGAGGGUCAUUUCCAUUCAGGUGCACUGAUCUAAAUGCAAAGGCAUCAACUGGUGGAAGAGUUAACAGCUUUGGGCAGAAUUUCAGUAGCUGCAGUGUUUGUUCUCAAGGGUGUUUUUCUUGGAGUUCCAAGAAGCAAGAGGUCGUUGCCCAAUCUCUGCAGAAGCUGAAUUCAUAGCAUCUACUGCAGCAGCAAAUCAAGCAAUUUGGUUGAGGAAGAUUUUAGUUGAUUUGGGGUUGGAGACAAAGAAUCUGUUAAGGUUCUGAUGCUCGAACCACUCCUUAGAGAAACUCCAGCAGCUUUAUUGAACACCCAAACCAUACACUUCGGAUAGCUUUGAUUAGAGAGAGGCUCCUACUCUCUUCCCCACCCAAUUCUCAACCAGAAAAUCCCCCUCAUCCCCUUUCCCCCUCCUCCUCCUUUCUUUAUACAAUCCCCUCCCUAACAGAAUCCUCUAACUACUACCAACCCUAACGAAACAAAUAACAAAACAGCCAAACAAAUGUCAACACCUAUAUGCUAUCUACACAAACAAACAACCACCACACUAGCUGCGUACCUUUGUCCCUAAUCCUUCUGUAGUACUUAUCAGAAUCUGACUCAGAUUUGGGUGAACAAUCAAGCAGCAAUAUCUAUUUCGAAGAAUCCAGUCUCUCAUGGAAGAACCAAGCACUUUAAAGUCAAGUUUUUUUUUCCCGAGGGAAGCUCAUCAACAAGAUGAAAUCAAUGUUGUGUAUUGCAGAACUGAAGAUCAACUUGCCGACCUUUUUACAAAGGCUUUUCAUCCAGGAAGAUUUGAAACACUUAGAAGCAUGAUUGGUAUGUGUUCGAGACAUUGAUACAAGGGGGAGUUUGUUAGCAUAUUGGAUCAAGAUCAUUCAAGGUUGCUGAAGCUUGGAAUACUGCAGAACUCUGUUCUGUAUUUUUAUGCUUUAGGCAGUUGUGUUACAGUUAUAUGUUUGUCGUUUAUUUUGUUUUCGAUAAAGACAAGUAGUUGUGUUUGUUAACUGUCACUUUACAGUUUGUGUACGUGUAUUUAUGUGUUGCAAGUAUUAUGAAUGAAGGUAUGGUUUUUUCUAAAAAACCUGUAUGUGCACUCUGUUCCUUGUUUCAGAACAGAAGUUACAGAUUUGGGUUUUGUGUCUGUAUUUGAGAGACCUACAAAGUCUUCAAACACUACGUCGGCCAAAAGCCGAAACACUAGGAGAUGAACUGUUUUAGCUCAAUUAACAAAAGCUGGAGAGGUUAUUCACACAAUUCUUACCGGACAAAGGAAGUUCCUUCGUUCGAAGAGAUCUAAAGAUCAAUAACAGAAACGAGAGCUCAGACUAUUUUCCUAAUCCCUAUUAUAUGACGCAUUCAUGCUCAAAUCAGAAAUCAAGAAGAUACAACGACAAUUGGAUUUUCAAUAUGUCAUCCAAAAUGUCGGAUGUGUAUAAAAGUAGAGA